UUCACCCCUACGGAAAGGUCAACUUUGCGGCUGACCGCAGUGAGUUUUUAAAGACCACACAAUUGCUCAAGAAAACACUGGAGCGGUUCAAGCAUGUGGGGACACUGACUUCCAACCCAACAAAGCUAUUAGUGGCCUUAAAGGAUAAAGCCGCGGCCGAAAGCUCGCUUGAGCGACUCAAAGCAGCGGUGACCAAAUGCAAAUCACUCAUAGACGAAGGGAAGGGCAGGCUCACUGUGUUCACGAGCAAAGAGAUUCUCAGUCGGCUACAGGCUAUUUCUAAGACUUACAGACUACAAUACCACGAGGAUGACUCCGCCCCACCCAUCACCACUGUGUUUAUAAACACGGACAUGUUCUACGUGGAAAUCGAGAUCGAGAGCACAGGGGCUGACAUAGCCACCGUUACCAAGGUUACCAUCGCUCAUACUGCGGAGGAAAUAGAGACGCCACAAGUCAACCAGACCUUGACUAGCGCCUUGAGGAGAGGCGACUUCACGGCCCUAUCGAAGCGUCUAGGUGAGCUGGCGGCGUUCUAUGAUGUGUGUGAUGAAGAUGACUCCAAGCAAUCGCUGCUAGGCGUUUGGAGGGCUUUCCGAACCGACAUCAAGCUGAUAUGCGAUACAGAACAGGCAGCUUACACCAAAAACAAGAGUGCUGUAACGCCAAGUGAACGCAUACGUAGUGGCCACGGUGUGCUCAAAGGGUUGAGUGACGACGAGCAGUUAAUUGACCUCUCGUACUUUGUGGAGCCUAGAGAGGUAGCCAGGGUACAGUGCGUGUUGGAUUCGAAUCGGAUAUCAGGCUCAG